AUGGAGCUAGUGCCAGAGUUAGUGGCCGAUUCCAAACUGGACACAAUCUUUAAGAGAGGAUUCACGAUCCAUCAUAUUCGGACGCCGGAUACGACUCCUCUUCUUGGAAAGAAUAAAAAGAAGCAGAAGUGGGAGCAGUCCAAAGAACUUGGUCGGGGAUCGUUCGGGACUGUUUGGCUGCAGAAGCUGGUAGGAGGCGGCGACAAAGACACAGACAAACGAGCCGUCAAGCAAAUUGAGAAGAGGUCUGCAGUCGACUACAGUCAUGAGCUGGAUGCGAUAGCGAAAUUCUCUCAGGACAAGUUCAACUAUUCGUUCGUCAAGUCGCUUGGAUGGUACGAAGAUGACAAACACGUAUACAUCUCGAUGGAAUAUCUUCCCCAUGGCGAUCUAAGCCGCCAUUUUGACGAGUUCGGCCAACUACUAGAGCAUGAAGCCCAAUGCGUUGCUCACCAGAUAUUAGACGGACUGAAGAGUAUGCACGACCACGGCUUCGUUCAUCGUGAUCUGAAGCCACAAAAUGUGCUGAUCAAAGAGCGCAGCCCUAACUGGUGGGUCAAGCUUGGCGAUUUUGGGGUCAGCAAGCGUAUGCAGGACGCGGCUUCACUCAGUACAUAUACUGGUACAGAUGGCUUCAUGGCACCCGAAGUCAUCAUGAGAAAAGGUCACGUUAAUUGGAAGGCCCUCGCUGGACGCAAAUCAUACACGGAUGCCGUAGAUAUAUGGGCUUUGGGUGCACUAGUUUUCCAGGCUCUCACUGGCAGCGAGCCUUUCGCAAAAGAUCUGGGGUCCUACGUCGAGGGGAAAACGCCUUUCCCUUAUCAUGUGCUGCAAGCGCAAAGUAUCUCACGGAAAGGAUGCGACUUACUGGAGAGACUUUUGCAAGUCAUUCCUGAGAACCGUCCCACAGCAUCCGACGCUCUCCAAGAUCCCUGGCUUAAAGCACAAGAGGCUACUCAAAGAGACUCGAUUGAAUCGUUGAGGUAA